ACAAUGUAGUAACUUGUAAACACCAUUUUCUCGUUUCAUAUAGCUGUAUUACCAAGUCUUAAAUUUUGCGAUGAUAGUGUCUUCUGCCCUUAUGAUCUGGAAAGGGCUGAUCGUCGUUACCGGCAGUGAAAGCCCUAUUGUCGUGGUGCUCAGUGGCAGCAUGGAACCGGCUUUUCACAGGGGAGACCUGUUGUUCUUAACAAAUUUCCAUGAUGAUCCAAUCAGAGCUGGUGAAAUAGUUGUUUUUAAAGUUGAAGGCAGAGACAUUCCAAUAGUGCACAGAGUAAUCAAAAUACAUGAAAAAGAAAAUGGGAAUAUCAAGUUUCUCACCAAAGGGGAUAAUAAUGAAGUUGAUGAUAGAGGCUUGUAUAAAGAAGGUCAGAACUGGUUAGAGAAGAAAGAUGUUGUUGGAAGAGCAAGGGGAUUUUUGCCUUAUGUUGGUAUGGUAACGAUAAUAAUGAAUGACUAUCCAAAAUUUAAGUAUGCUCUUCUGGCAGUGAUGGGAGCGUAUGUACUGCUCAAACGGGAGUCCUGAAGCAAAACCACUUUUCCAAGAACAAAGUUAAAUAUAUGGGUGGGGGGAGCCUAAUAUAUUUCAGAUGUUUUCAUUUCUGUAUACAGCAAAAACCUGUACAAGCUUUCAUCUCGUCUAAAUAAACUGCACACCUGAGGAGU